UGCCCGAUCAGUUAGACUGAUCGCAUAUUGCAAGAACGCCGCAACCUCUUAACAACAUGUCUACUAUAGUGAACAUACCUUUCGAUCUUCUGCAGCCUAUUCUCAUACAUUUACCUGAUCGAAGGCAUCUGAGUGCAGCUACACUAGUCAGCCGGGCAUUCAACUGCGCAGCGACCCCACUUUUGUACAGGAGGCUCGAUUCACGAGUGAAGCGAAAUAUCCUUCAUCAUCCCUCUGCAACCCUUCUCAAACGACCAGAAUUGGCACAGUAUGUCUGGCAUGUGACGGAGACAGGCGCAGUGCAGAACUUGCGACAAGUUAUUCCUCAGAUCACUGAGGAUAUUGUUGCAGCGCUUAGACUUUGUACAAAUCUCACAUCUGCAACUUGGGUGGACGACACGGCGACUCCAGAGGCGAAUUUUCUACCCAUACUGGAUGUCUUGAUGACAUUACCCUUGCGGGAGCUUACCAUACGCACCCAGUAUGAUCCAGGAGAACGAGUUUGGGCCCGGCUCAAUACUAUUCAGGGCAUCCGUCGCCUAUCAGUGUGGUCUUUGGAGUGGGGCCCCCCGCGGGUGCUUCAAGGAUGGGCUCAUUUGUUGAGCUCCUCUCUAACGCACCUCGAACUUGGCCGUUGUGCAGGUGUUCCCGCAACUAUCCUCGUCUCUGUCUUCAUGAAACUUCCUCUUUUACAAGAGCUCUGUCUCAAGGGUGCACCAAGCGCCGCCAUCCCGGCUAUAAUUGCUUGUCUGCCCAAUCUGAUAGCCCUUGACACGGAAUAUCUAGGCUCUGGAAAUUACCGCACGCCUCUCACACCGUUACCCCCGAUAUUGCUUCCACACCAACAAACUCUAAAGUCAUUCACGCUAAAUGCAUUUGCAGUGCACGGCCAAAUAACCAUUCCGCGCCCAUUCAUCGUGAAUCUUACUGACAGACACGGAAAGUCCCUUCAAGAUUUUGCUGUGGGGCUUGCGCAGUUGACGUUAGAAACCGUAUCCUAUAUGUGUUCAACAUGCCCCCAGCUUUCGACACUUGAAUGCUCUGUGGCGAGUCCAGACGUAGAUUCAAUCGCAAAAGCAAUCGAGGCGGGGCACAACCUUCAAACUCUCACGCUUCAUGUCUCUUGGAUCCCUGAUGGCAGCGUUGAUUUACCUCCGCGGUUUGAAAAGCACUCAGGACCCCGAGCCAUGUAUGCAGAUUUUUCCCAUCUUUCCAGUGAGGGGAAGGCGACUCGUUUUACCGAGGAGCACGCUCGCGCCUUGAUGUUCCAGACACGCCUUCGUAGCAUUGGCAUAGGGGAUCAGUCCUACACAGGUCGGUGGGUUCAUCGGGAAUGUUCCGCUGAGGUCGGGAAAGAAGAAAAUGUUGUGCUAGAGGUCGUAGGGGAUCCAUUCGUCUAGGUUUCUUGUCACCUGUCACACUGUAUUCAGAUUGCUUCCAUGGCCUAUGUGCCAUAUCACCG